CCGACCCGAGCCGAAGCUGGAGAUGUCACUCUCGUGCGAGAUGACAAUCGACUGGACGCUAGCGCCGCGGUGGCCGCGCAGGGAACUACAUUACGUCUGGUAUUGCAGCAUCGGUGCAGCGAGAAUUGGUGUGCUGGAACUCAACCUCUGUGUAAAAGUACUUCUGGAUUUGCAGGGAAGGAUUGCAGUGAAACAUUGGAUUUAGGAAGACUGAACAGAUUAUUUUCUAUGAAAGCUAUAAAAAAGUAUUAA